AUGCUUAAAUUUCUAUUCACAUCGAAGCUCCCUUUAAGAUUAUUUAAAAGGAGUAUAGCAUGCUUCUCAUAACAAUCAGGUAAUAAGGAAUAGGAGUAUUUCUCUGAUGGAGAAUAUGACUCUGAGUCUAAAGCUCUUCUCAGUAAAUUUGAAGUAUAUUAACAUUUUGUAAAUGCAUAAACAACCGAAGAAGUUAUAAAGGCUUUCAAAGACAAUAAUUUAUCUUACGAAUAGAUUCAUUUUGCAGCAUUUUAAUUGAUGAACAUUGUUACGCAUAAGCAUGUUCAACAUGAUAGUUAGUUAGAUGCAUUUAUAUAAGAAAAAAUCAUACCUAAUUUUGAGAAAUUGAAUUCAGAACAAAGUGUUACAAUCAUUUAACUAUUUUUAAAAUUGUAAAGUAAAUCCUAUAGCAUUAAAAUCAAGAGACACAUAGAUUAGAAUUUGAGAAACUAUACAUAUCUGUAAUUGCCUUAUGUAUUUUCAUUUUACUCUAAACAAGGAUGGAAAAUGGCACACAUUGGUAAAAUCCUAAAACAGUAAUUGUCUACUCAGACUUUCACUGCUCAUUCAAUAUGUUAAAUAAUUAGGGGUUGCUAUAUUGAAUAUAGUACUCUCAAAUCAACUUAACACUCAGAUUUGGCCUACUUAGCUUGUCAAUAAUUAAUUAACCUUAUAGACAAUUUAAAUUUUCAUGGCUUGGUUGCUGUGUUUAAUUAACUCGCAAGAAUGCACUUAGAUUAAACUGCAUUUUAAAAAAGACUGCCAGAGGUUAUUUAUAAACUCUCUGAAAAGUUCAUUGAAAACUUCGAUUAAAUCUCAUCGUAUUCCAAAUUGAAACUCUUAGAAGCAUACUCUGAACUUCCAGAAUCAUUCCCUAAUGAGUUAUUUCUAAAAUUAUUACAAUCCUUUGAAUCAGAUAAUUUAACUAAUGCCAAUCAGUUGAAAUUAUACAUCUUUUUAAAGAUUCAGAAAUAGAAAAAUUAACCUUCAGCUGAAGUUCUUCAAAUGCUAAUAAAUAAAGUUAAUUUCGAAAAUAUUACAGAGCCUGCUUUUCUGAUAAAGUUUCUCGACGUUGAAUUCGGAGAUGAAAACGAAAACAAAAUCAAUUUGUGUAUCAAAAAUCUAAAAAAGAACUACAAUUCUUUUAGUAUAAAAUAAAAGUCUGACACUAUAAAGGUGAUCAUAAAGUAAAAUAAAUUAAAUCAAAUUUUGGAUCUAAAUUAAAUCAACGACAAUUUAUUUCUAAAAAUCAUCGAAUCUAUGCAUUAUUGUCAUAAAAAUAUUGAAAAUUUCAAAUCGAAUCAAUAAUAACAAAAUAUCAAGGUAUCUGUUCAAUCUUUUUUUGAAUAAGUAGGAAAACUAGAUUAUGAUCUAAAACUAAAAAUUGCAUCCUUAAUACUUACUUUAGAUCCCUAUUCAAAUGAUCCCUUCUAUGAAUUUAUUGAUAAACACAUCAAAUUAGAAUCCCUACCAGAACCCUAUUUCUACAUAUUCAUCAUGAGAUUAAAUAGCAAAUCUCAUUUUAAUUAGGAAGUGAGAAAAAGAAGUGAACAACUUCUUCCUACCUUUGAUCAAUUAAACAAAAUCAUAAAUGAAAUCACCAACAUUGAUUUCGCAAAUGAUAAAUUAGUGAAACAAAUAGCCAAAUGGUUUAUCACUUUGACUUAGAAAAAUAGCCUUGAUAAAUCUUUUAAUAUUAGUUCAUCAUUAAAUCUGUUGUUCACACUUAUUCUUAACUGUCCUAAUCAUUCAAUUCAUAAUAUGAGAGGGACUAUCUUGUAAACAAUUAGAGAAUUGAUUGAAUUAUUUACUAAACUAUCCAAUUCGUCUCAACAGAAGUUUGAAAUUGAUAUUGAAUUGCUAAUAAAAUUUCAUCAAUAACUUUAAUAAUUAGAACUAAGAACAAAUCUAAUAAAUAAUAUCUGUUAACAACUUUGCAAAUAAAUUGAAAACUUGAAUGACCUAGAGAAAUUAUAAGUAGCAACUAUAAUCACUGAAAUUAAUCUCCAUCAAUUUCAGAGUAUUCCAGCUAUCAAUACAUUUUUGAAUUCAGCAAUCGCAGUGGAGAUGGAUACUUAUUAAGCUAUUUUAAUGAAAACAAAAUUAUUAUUGUUUUAAAUCCAAAAUUCAGCAAAAUUACGAUAGACUUCAGAUGAAGUUUAAUUAAAAUUAAUGAUAGAUUAAUUAAAAUAGGAGAUCAUAAAAACAGAUUUAAAAAAAUAGCAAGAACAUUAUUUAGAUGGUUUAAUGAUUUUGUUAGAAUAUGAUGGUUGGAGAUACAACAAUUUAAAAUAUGAAGAUGAUGGCUUAAAAGACUUUAUCGAAUUAUAUUUUAAUAAUAUUGAUCAUUUACUAACCUUGAAUAACAUGAGACCAGGCUUGAAAGCUAUUCUGAAGACAAUAGGAUAGUUUGAUUCAAAAUAUCAAUUUAUUAGAAACUAUGAUAAAUUAUUUAAGAAAAUGCUUUUAAAAUGUCAUGAUCUUAGACAUUAUGAAAUACCUUCAAUUCCUAUUUGUUUGGAUUUCAUAGAAUUUUCAAAGAAAUUCAAACUAAAUAAUGAUGACACCAUUCAAGUUCUGACUGAAUUAAUCAAAAAACAAAUAGACAAUUUAAAAUAAAUCUAAAUUGUUGAAAUUCUACAAAACCUUUCUGAAUAAAAAGUCUACGUGGAAUCAUUAUUUGAUGGAUUGAGUAAACAAAUCUCUAGGAAAGUGCAAUUUUAUAGUGCAUUUGAAUUGACAGAUAUUCUUAACUCUUAUGCCAAAAUUGGAUACUUUAAUGAGUCAUUAAUAUUGAUUAUUUUGGAUAAGUUGUAAAGUGAAUAGAGACUUUAAGUUAAUCCUAUGUCAUUUGUAUAGACUCUAUGGAGUGUAUUGAUUAGUUUAUAAUACUUAAAGAAACAAAUGAACAAGAGUUAUUAUAAUAGAUAUGAAAAAUUGAUUGUCCAUCUAAUGAAUGAGUAUGUAUCCAAUUAUAUAAUCUAGAGUAUCCAAAUUUCCAAAUUUCCCUAUGAAUUCCAAAAUGCCUGUCAUUUUUCGUCAGUUUAUGGACAUCUACAAUCUACUAGAAUUUAGUCUGCAUUUGGAUUUAUGUAAGAAUGUUUAAUAUGUAUUAUUUAAGAAUUAAAUCAGAAGCAAUAGUAAUUGGGAAAAUAAAUUAUAGAAAAUGGAAAAAAAAUAGUUAAUACUAAAUUAAUUCCUAAUUAAAAAUUAAAUUAAUAGUUCAAAAGUCUAAUGCAAUAUCUUGAUAAAUCUUAGAUUGAGUAUAAAGUAAAUUAUUACUUUGACAAUCAAUAUGUUGAUUUCUAUAUUUAAAUGAGAAAUCACAUAAUAUCGAUAGAUAAUUCAUUAUAUGUAACUUAUGAUAUGGUACAUAAUUGUCUUAAUCAAGAAACAUUACACUGGUUUUCAUUAUUUUAAUAAAUGGAUACUUGAAGGAGCCACUAAAAAAUAUGAAUUAAAGGAAAUUCGAAUCAAAGCCAAUGAAUGGAAUUAAAUGACUGAUGAUCAGAGAAGAAAGAUUUUGUUAAUGUGA